GCGCUGUCCAAUGAACGUCGCUAACGCCGGAUCCCGGGUAACCCGAUAGCUGAGGGUGCCAUGGAGAACUUCACGGCGCUGUUCGGAGCUCAAGCCGACCCCCCACCGCCCCCGAGCGCCCUGGGCUUCGGGCCCGGGAAGCCGCCCCCGCCACCUCCGCCUCCUCCGGGAGGGGGUCCUGGCGCGGCCCCGAGCUCGGCCCCCGCGGGCGCAGACAAGUCGGCUGCUGGGAGCGGCCCCUUCUACCUGAUGCGGGAGUUGCCGGGCAGCACAGAGCUGACGGGCAGCACCAAGUUAAUCACACAUUACAACCUGGAACAGGCCUAUAAUAAGUUCUGUGGGAAGAAGGUGAAGGAGAAGCUAAGUAACUUCCUGCCUGACCUGCCAGGGAUGAUCGACCUCCCUGGCUCCCAUGAGAACAGCAGCCUCCGCUCCCUCAUCGAGAAGCCUCCUAUUCUUAGUAGCUCCUUUAAUCCAAUCACAGGGACCAUGCUGUCUGGCUUCCGCCUCCAUACUGGCCCGUUGCCAGAGCGGUGUCGUCUGAUGCACAUCCAGCCUCCCAAGAAGAAGAACAAGCAUAAGCAUAAACAGAGCCGUACCCAGGAUCCUGUCCCCCCAGAAACGCCAUCUGAUUCAGAUCACAAAAAGAAGAAAAAGAAAAAAGAAGAGGAUCCUGAACGGAAAAGGAAAAAGAAAGAAAAGAAGAAGAAGAAGAACCGACAUAGUCCAGAUCACCCAGGUAUGGGCAGCUCCCAGGCCAGCAGCAGCAGCAGCAGCCUCCACUAACAGGACCUUUGAACUCUGCCACAUUGAACCUGCUGACAAAAAUUGUCUUCCAGGCAUUUGGGCACUGCCUUGGGGCAUCAACAGCUAGACAGAAGCCAGCUCCUGCUGUGCUAAUGAUGAAUACACUUUUAAAAAGGGCUGUGCUUUUUUAUUUGGCUUUUUUCAUGGACAUCUCUUCUCACAAAAAGCUCUUUUAUUUUUUUCUCCCCUUCUUUUGUGCAAUUUAGUUUUAGGACUUCAUUUGUUAGGGUUUUUCUUUUCUUUCUAAAACAAAAAAACAAACAAACAAAAAAAACCAGCGUGUUUACCAGACUAGCUAGUAUGGCUACUUUUUAAGAGGCAAGUGCCAUUUGCCAUCACAUUAUUUCCUUAGGUUGGGAAAUCAAAAUGAGAAAAGAGAACAUGGUUGAAAAGCAACACUGAUUGCUAGUAUUUUGCCCAUAAUGUUCAGAGCUAAGUGCCUGGAUGAUCUUCAACCCGUCAGGAAAGCUGGCCCAAAUAAGGCUUAUGCCUGUGUUGAUAUACAACAGGGGACUACAAAGAAACACCCAUAAUCACCAGUAUAU